AUGGCGACCUCUCGACGGGCUCCCACCGCCGGAGUUGCGCUCGUUGGGUUCAUUUCAUUGCUCGCAGCGGUGAGAGCCGUCGAUUUCAACUAUCCGGCCGUGUUUAAUUUCGGGGACUCGAACUCCGACACCGGCGGGCUCGUCGCUGCCCUUGGUGAGGGUCUGGAGCUGCCGAAUGGGAUGACGCACUUCCUCGCUCCCUCGGGAAGGUUUUGCGACGGGCGGUUAAUCAUCGAUUUCCUUGGUAAUCUCUCACACUGCUAUGGUAAUCUCUCACACGGGCGGUUAAAAGUGUAUCACUACUUCUUCAUCCACUUGCUCCUUCGUGGGAGUGUAGCUGCGCUCCUCGAUAUCUGGAGAUUACUGUUGUUUCUCUACUUUAUUGUUGUUUGUUUUCCAGUUUCCUGUUUAGAGGCCAACUGUGGAAUAAUGCUUUUUCUACAAUAAGAAAUGCCUUUUCAUGUAUAGCUUUAUUGCACUUAAAAUGGGAUGCAAUCCUCUGUUACCAAUGUGGCUUGUAUCCCCUGGCAUGUCUCUACGCUAUGGUGAAAGCGAAGAGACAAAUUGGACGAGAGGUCUAUGUGUGACUGUUGUGUAACAUAACUAGGAGAAGAUCCAUCCUCAUUGUUGCAGCUGAGGACUUGCACAGUUCUCACUUCGUUUCUUUCCUUCAAUUACAGUAGUUGAUGCUUAAUGGAAGAAUGAGAUUCUAAAAAUUUACCUCCAUUUGUUUUUGGGCAGUGAUCUUAAAGGAGGAACACAGGGUGAAUAUUUUCACGACUUAGAGUAGUCUUUUUCUCGUAUAUUGGAAAGGAAUAUUCUGAUUUGCGGCAUUUUAUAUAACUUUAAUAGUGUGAUUGAUGUUUCCUUAUUUGCCAUGGGAAAACUUCAAGAACACAAUGGAUUGAGUGGGUGGCCCAGCAUGUCGAACUCCUCCUGAGUAAUGUUCCAAAAUCUGUUGUCACUAAGAUAGAAAUGCAAAAGAAAAUCUGCUACUUUGAGCAGUUUAUAAAUGAUAAACAACAUCUUGGUCACUAAACUCUUCUGAUGCCUGCUACAGUAGCUGUUUAAAUUAGCUUGGAUGCAAUAAACCUUGUUUAAUUAUCUUGAUAAAGAAAAUGUUGAUGGUUUUCUGCUACGUGCAAUGUUUCUUAUUUCUUCUGCAGUUAUCCUCAUAUCACCAUUCGUUUCAUUGGUUAUCCUAAGAGGAUUCCUCAUCAAAGGGCCUUGUGCUAUUGUUCUAUGCAAAAUGUAUCCUAUUGCUGUUUAUGGUUGAAUUAUGGGACACACAUGUUAAUUAAUAUGAAGCAAUGAUUGUCCUUUGCAGUGGAUGCGAUAGACCUACCCCUUCUUAAUCCGUAUUUGGACUCUGUUGGGGCUCCAAUUUUUCGGAGAGGAUGCAAUUUUGCUGCAGCAGGGUCCACUAUUCUUCCUGCAACAGCAACAUCUGUCAGUCCAUUCUCCUUUGGGAUCCAGGUGGCUCAGUUUUCUCGCUUCAAAGCUAGGGUUCUUCAGCUACAAGCUAAAGGUAAAUCCACUUUCCUUGCUUUGGAGACAAUCUGUUAUCCGUGGUUUAUGAUAAAUUUUUCAACGUUUUAGUGAUUAGAUAAUUGACUAUAUAGAUUCGUAUUGAUGUGAGACUUCUCUUGUGUAGAGAGACUCAUUGUUUUUAACCAUGUUGAUAACAUAAGUGGUAGAAAAAAAACAUAUCACGUUAGCCAUUAUUCAUCAUUAAUGCUCAAAUAAUAUUUUACCCCACUUGUCCUAUCUUUUCUGGGGACUGGUCUUUUCCAUGUAUAUAUUAGCAGUAAAAAUAAAUGGUUGUGAAGCAAAUGUACGUGCUUUUUCAAUUUCUACGUCUUACCCCUACACAACUAGGUGCUGCACCAAAAAGUGCACGACAUUGUUGUAAAGAAUGUUCUGAACGAGCGCAUAUUCAUGUCCUUAGCAAAAAUGUGUCAACUUCCCCUUCACUCUUGUCUACUGCCUGCUUUUUCUAUCGCCAGUAUUGUGGCAGUCAGGCGUAGUUGAUUGUCUAUUUUAUUACUCUCAUUCUUGCCUCAAACAUUGCUAUCAACUGUUUCAUUAGGAAACGAAUACAUAAAAGUUUCUGGUUUGCUCUAUCUCCUUGAAAUUUUCUCUAUAUCUUAAAUCACACAUCCCGCGGCCUAUCAUCACUGAUUUUUGCAACAGUCGCAUUAAGAUGCUGAACUACUCUAUUGAAGGACUGAACUUGCUGAUUAGACGUCCAUUAUCUGUGUUCUCUGCAUAAAGGCCCUUAUCAUUUUGCCCAUAGAAAUCGGAGGACUGGGUGUAUGUAUCCAAGAGAACAUCCAUCAGUGAACCUGACGUCAAUGACCUAUUUAGUGUGGUGUACAAUUUUUUUUUAAAUGAACAGUUCUUAUUGAAGUCCAAAGUUUUUUAGACUUUCCUGUGGAGUAGUUUACUUGAGCUAUAUUUUUUAUUCAUUUGACAAGAAUGAUCAUGAUCAAUGCUUUAACAAAAUCUAAAUUUUCCUGAAGCUGGAAAAAAUGGAAUAAACUAGAUAUUAUUACGGAUGGGCAAUGAGAUGGUGGAAAUAAAACAGUGACUUUUCACUCGGUAACACUAUAAUUACGUUUUUUAAACUGAAAAAAGUCAUUAUUUGAUUACUCCGGUUUUGACUGUUGUAAUAAAUGCAUGGCUGCUUGAGUUCGAGGUUGUUGGCUGAAAUCUGCCUUACCCCUGGAAUUAUUUAGCUUUGACCUCCAUUUUUCACGAACUUGAUAUGCCUCAAUUUUAGUGAAAUUAAAUUUGAUAUCACCGAGGUUCUGAAAUUUUGUGGAAAAAUCAUUUCAUGGAGACUGAGAAUUUGGUAGUACUCUGAAUGACACAAAUCUCUGGAAUUCUGACCACUCGACAAUUCCAUUGACCUUAGUGCUUCACAAGUAAAACAUAAACAUGUAUUAAAAUGUAUCCAUUUUUAAUGUGACACUGAUAUCAAUUUCAUAUUCCAGCGAAAUUGAUUGAACCAAGGAUAUUGUAGUGUAGACUGUUACCCUGCAACAUAGUCACUGUCCAGACAAGUCUACCUUAUUAUUCUUCGGGAGAAACAUACUCAUUAUCUCCUGCUCAUCUAUUGUAAAAUUCAAUAAGGUGAUAAAUAUAUUGGGGAAAGUCAUCAAGAACUAUACUAAUUUCAGUUAAAAUUUGCAGUAUCCUGUAAUGCAUCUGAUAGAGUCCCAGGGUAGUGGGCCGAGAUAGUGGUAGAAACGAGGGAGAAUGUCACAAUUAGGAAGGGAAAAUCAAAUUGAGAUAGAAAGAAAGGGGACAGAGAAGGGGUUUCUGGAGAAACCUUAGAUCAUGGUCGAGGGCAAGUUCGAGAGCACCCCAGCACUCUCAAAUGACUUCUUCUUUUAGUGCCGUCCCCCCCUCCCUCCCCCCGUUACGAUUCUUAACAGUAAUGAUUUUUAUUCAUUUUGUUAUUUGAUUGAAAAAUGAUCUUUUUUAUUCAGGUAAUAAAUGGAAAAAGUAUAUUCCUCACAAAAUGUAUUUUGGACAAGCACUGUACAUGUUGGACAUAGGGCAAAAUGAUCUUGCUGGUGCCUUUCAAUCUAAAUCAGAGGAUCAGGUUAUUGCCUCUAUACCAACGAUUCUGGUCGAGUUUGAAGCUGGACUCAAGGUUAGAUGGCAUUUUCCCAGAAUUAGGUACAUAGAUAUCUGAUAUAGAGAAUGAUUUCCUGUUGAUCUAUGCCCAUCGGAAUAUAUUUAAAAUAUCAAAUUCGGACCUGAUGGUACUGGUAAUCCUGAAUUGAUAUAGCUUUCUACAUUGAUAAAUUAUUGCUCUUCCCAGUUAAGUAUUGUUUCAUAUAUGAAAACCAGGUUAUCGAAACAGAUAAAUUCUUCAUUAGAAAACUAGGACACUAGAUUGCUAUGAAUUAUGAAGAUUCUGAGAUCAUUUAGCCCGCAUGAAUUAUGAAGUUUGAUUAUCAAACCCAGCGACUUUUGGUAAUGAAAAAGUAAGGGAGUGGGGGGAAGUUUCAGUUGAGACUAUCACCUAGGUGAUUGUGACACAAGAUUUGAUAAAAAAUAAGUUCCACAUCCCUAUACCCGACCCUAUCAUCCUUUUGAAGCUUGAACCUACUUGCUAUGGACUUGAUGUAGUAGAAAUGUUGACUUGAUGAUGAUUUGAGUAACUGGGUGCUGCUUGAGUUGGACAAAGUUGAAAUCUUGUCCAUAAAUCUAUAAAAGACAAUUUGUAUGAAGAUCCUUCAUCCUGAGUCCAAAAGAUGUAUAAACAUUGACCCUUGAGUCUGCAAGGGUUCUGAUCCUGAGUCCACGUGGUCAAAAUAAUUCUCUUGAAUCCACAAAAGAUGUUGGAACCUAUCAAUAGAGAAAUAUAAUCUCACUGGAGUUAAAUUUCGUGAGAUUGAUUAAAAUAAAUUGAAAUGUCUUUAGGGUUACAAAGGGACUUUUAAAUAGGCCCAAAAUCUUGCUAUAUCAAACCUAGAAAAGAUAGGGUUCUAUUAGAACAUCUCUAAGGAAAAGGGAUAUUUUGUUAGGACGCCCCUAAAGAAUAUGAACGCUCUUAACAUAAUAGGGGGAUUAUUUGAAAUAAAAAAAUGUGAGAAAUAAUAAAUGUAGAAAUUAAGAUUUUGACUUAUUUAAAAUGUGUCCAAAUCUUUUACUAGGCCAUUUGGAACUGAAUUUGGGCCAAAUUGUGUCCUCACGCAUCUUGGAGCCUCUAGUCCUCUUGAAUUGGGCUGAAAUUGAGCUUGUACUCCAUUUGGAGCCUGAAAUUAAUAUAUUUUCAGUUCCUUGGACACAUCCUGUUAGUUUUCUCCACCUAGGUUAAAACGUUUUUGUCCUUCUCUUGAUAGGAUUUCAUGGGUUACAUCAAGACUUGAUUAGGUCUUUACAAUCUUGGAUUAACUUUGAGGCCACAGGAUCUGGUUUAAAGGUUUGGAGUCUAUUUUGUUGUCACUUCACUUGAUUUUUAGGACCAGCCUUAAAAAAAAUAUGAUCAGGGUCCGGGCAAGCUUUGGUUAAACAUCCAAUUGACAAUUCUCAGAGUGCAUGGAAUGGUCUUGCUCAACAUUCCUUGAUGUUUACUGGUUGUAGCUUUUAUGGCGCUAAUAGAAUAUGUCAUGUAUAGUCGUUUUGAGUUCAGUAACAUUCCUCAAUAAUGGGCUUUAGGUUGCAUACUAAUUUUUAAUUUAUUUUACAGAAGUUAUAUAAUGAAGGUGCAAGACGGUUUUGGAUUCAUAAUACCGGUCCCCUUGGGUGCUUACCUCAGAAUAUUGCUAGGUUUGGUAAAGAUCCUUCUCAGCUUGAUAAUCUUGGAUGUGUACUUUCUCACAAUCGUGCUGCAAGGCUGUUCAAUUUGCAGCUCCAUGCUCUUUGCGCAAAAUUACAGGGUGAACUUACAGAUGCACAUGUCAGCUACACCGACGUGUUUUCCAUAAAAUCAGAUCUCAUUGCCAACUUUUCUCAAUAUGGUAAGAAAAUAAACCAUUUUCAUUCUUUGCUCUCAUAUUUUGUUGGUUGUGUUGGCAGUCUGGUUUCUAGACGGCUUUUAAUUGUUCAUUGAUUGGAACUUAGCAGCUGUAUUUGUAUCUUAGCAUGGUUCUUCGUAACUGAACCAUCCUGUGCGCCUUUUAAUAAUUUUUUGCUUACCUCAUAACUUUUUUGGUGCAUAAAAUAAACAUGUGACCUUCAGGUAACGUGUGUGGAAUGUCCUCCCUGUGUUUCCGAGGGUAAAAAUGAAAACAUUGCAGGGAUGAUCGUGAGUCUAAAAGCUAGAUUGUUAGUAGAACCUUGGUAGCUUGGGUAAAGCAUGUUCACUAAUUGCAACAUGUCUGAGUUUCACGAAUCAUUCCCUUUGGGGAUUAUUAGCUCAGCCCUCUGCUCGUGAAUAUGAAUAGAAACUGUGAAGAAUUUAUGUACCGAUCAGAGCUCUUUUUUCUGCGUCCAUCACUUCCAAAUCUCAGUCUCUUCUCUCCCAUUUACACCCUUGCAUGGAAUAUCAAUCGUAUCUGUAUCAUAUUCGCAUUUGUAGCACAGAAGGCCCUCUGGUAAACUACGUUGUGAUUGACACGGUUGGCUACUGCCUCAUGCUUCACAGGAUUUGAACACCCUGUAAUGGCCUGCUGCGGGUAUGGAGGCCCCCCCCUGAACUAUGAUAGUCGGAUUUCCUGUGGAGAAACAAGAGUUUUGAAUGGAAGUGCUGUGACGGCUGCUGGGUGCAAUGAUACCUCCAAGCAUGUGAACUGGGAUGGGAUUCACUACACAGAGGCUGCGAAUCUUCAUGUUUCUUCCCAAAUACUCACUGGGAGGUUCUCCGAUCCCAUUUUUCCUGGCAGCAUGCCCUUCCUCCUCAAGUAG